GUUAACCGCUCCUUAAGACAGGCUGAUCCACUGUAUACACAUACAGUAUACAUUGGCAGUCUAUUGGUGAUCAUCUAUACCCAAAACAUUGGCUUGAAUUUGGACUUUUCCGACCAGUGCUAAAAAUGGAUGAUACUCCUCUUGAUAGCAUUAGCCUGCUCUAGUUAUGCUGAGACUGCUCAAUGCUGAGCUCCAUUGAGAAUAGGUUUAAAGGGGUUGAAUGCCUUCUGCUGAGGCAGGGCAUCUACUGACCACUCUUUACAUGCCCUCUGGCGCAGCCCGCUGGCCUUUGUGUUACCCAACAAUGAUGGCACUGGAGCACCACAGCCAGGGAGAGAUCAUUGUCCAGUUCAGCCAAUGGGAAAGCAACAAAUAGACGUUUAUGUGAUGUGUGAGUUGUUUCUGUGCAUAUGUGUGUGUGUAUGUGCAUGGUAAUGCAAAGGUGAAUGCAUGUGGAGUGAAUGUGUCUUUCACAUCAAGCUUUUGCUACUCUGUGACGAAGGGGAGGGGGACGUCACACAAAGAAAGAGCCAAUCAGACUUUAGCUGUUUGGAUUUAUGCCAGGGUUUUUAGGCUUGUAAGACUUUAGUACAAGUGGCAAAAGCCAGUUUUUAAAAAAAAAAAAAGUCAGCUGAGACGAGAUGCCCUAUACACCGUCUGGCUUUUUCUGUGACCGGUUGAUCCGGGAACGAGAGAGGAGAGACGGGGAAGGGACUCUGAACAAGCCCCUCCGCUUUAACGGCCAGGACUACAACGCCCUGAGACAGGAGUGCCUUCAGAGGAAGACCCUGUUUGAGGAUGAGUCUUUCCCGGCCACUGUGGAGUCUUUGGGCUUCAAGGAGCUCGGACACAAGUCCAACAAGGUCAAGAACAUCGUCUGGAAGAGGCCCAAGGAAAUCUGUGAGAACCCUCAGUUCAUUGUUGGAGGAGCCAGUAGGACAGACAUCUGCCAGGGAGAUCUUGGUGACUGCUGGUUGCUGGCUGCCAUCGCCUGUCUCACCUUGAAUGAGAAGCUUCUCUACCGUGUUGUUCCCCAGGAGCAAAGCUACUCAGAGGGCUAUGGUGGCAUCUUCCACUUCCAGUUCUGGCGUUAUGGCGACUGGGUUGAUGUCGUCAUUGACGACCGCAUCCCAACCUUCAACAACCAGCUGGUCUUCACUAAGUCCGCUGAGAGGAACGAGUUCUGGAGCGCCCUACUUGAGAAGGCCUAUGCUAAGCUGCACGGCUCCUACGAGGCCUUGAAGGGCGGAAACACCACUGAGGCCAUGGAGGAUUUCACUGGUGGGGUCACUGAGUUCUAUGAGUUGAAGGAAGCUCCCAAAGAGCUCUAUAAGAUCAUGAAGAAAGCUCUGGAGAGAGGCUCCCUCAUGGGCUGCUCCAUUGAUUCCCUGGUUCCUGCUCGCUUUGAGACUCGUACCGUGACGGGACUUGUGAAGGGUCACGCCUACUCUGUGACGGCAGUGGAGGAGUGUAAAUCGUCUCAGCACAAGGACACUAAAGUUCGUCUGGUGCGUCUCAGGAACCCGUGGGGUCAAGUGGAAUGGAACGGCCCCUGGAGUGACAACUCUAAGGAGUGGGCUACACUCUCUAAGACUGAAAAAGAGAAGCUGCAGCACCAGAGUGCCGAGGAUGGAGAGUUCUGGAUGUCAUUUGAGGACUUCAAGAAGAACUACACUAAGAUUGAGAUCUGUAACCUCACCCCUGACGCCCUGGAAGACGAUAAGAUUCACAAGUGGACGGUUUCUGUGAACGAGGGUCGCUGGGUGAGAGGCUGCUCUGCUGGGGGCUGCAGGAACUACCCAGACACUUUCUGGACCAACCCUCAGUACCGCCUUCGUUUGAUGGAGGAGGAUGAUGAUCCCGAGGACAACGAAGUGUGCUGCACCUUCGUGGUGGCUCUGAUGCAGAAGAACAGGCGGAAAGAGCGCAAGAUGGGAGCCAACCUCUUCACCAUCGGAUUCGCCAUUUAUGAGGUGCCAAAGGAGAUGCAUGGGAACAAGCAGCACAUGCAGAAGGACUUCUUCCUGUUCACCUCCUCCAAAGCUCGUUGCAAGUCCUACAUUAACCUGCGCGAGGUGACCCAGCGUUUCCGCCUGACCCCUGGGGAGUACGUCAUCGUUCCCUCAACGUACGAGCCGCACCAGGAGGGAGAGUUCAUUCUGCGAGUCUUCUCUGAAAAGAAGAAUACCUCAGAGGAGAUAGAGAACAGGAUCGAGGCCGAUCAUCCAGUGCCGGCGCCGGCCUCAGCGGGGGAAGAGAGCGAGGAGGACCAGCAGUUCAGGACUAUUUUUCAGGAGAUAGCCGGCGAUGACAUGGAAAUCACAGCCAACGAAUUGAAAAACGUUCUCAACAGAGUGAUCACCAAACAUAAGGACCUGAACACUGAGGGCUUCAGCCUGGAGAGCUGCAGGAGCAUGAUUGCUCUGAUGGACGUAUCCUUUAUGGAUGGGACAGGUAGACUCAAUCUUAAGGAGUUCAGACAUCUGUGGAAUAAGAUCAAACAGUGGCAGGGAAUCUUUAAGCACUAUGAUGCUGACCAGUCCGGUAUCAUCAACAGUUACGAGAUGAGGAAUGCUGUCAACGAUGCAGCCAUGUGUCUUGUGUCCCGCUCAGGCUUCCGUCUCAACAACCAGCUGUACGACAUCAUCACCCUGCGCUACGCAAACGAGAACAUGAACAUCGACUUCGACAGCUUCAUCAGCUGUCUGGUUCGGCUCGAAGCCAUGUUCAGGGUGUUCCAGGCCUUUGAUCAGGAUGGAGAUGGUACAAUCAGACUCAGUGUCCUGGAGUGGCUCCAGUUGACCAUGUACGCCUAGAAAGGCCUAUCUUCUCCCAGGUGAGCUCCACUCCACACAAGGACCAGACCUGCCAGCCUUUACCUCAAUAUUCAGUGUGCCCGAUCGUCGUUAGCUCUCAUCCACCUCACCUCCAGCCUUCCCUCCCUCGGUCCCAGCAGCUCUGCUCUUUCUACUCCGAAAUGUUCAACAUGCUUCUUCCAUUUUAUCUUUUCAAUUUUUCUUCCUCUUCCUAGUUCCCUCUAUCUAGGUCUCAGGACUUUUGCAUUUCUCUCUGCUUUUGUCCUUUAAUUAUCAUCGAAAUAUCAGUAUCUCCUUUCAGCCAUUAGCCUUCUUUUUUUUUUUUUUUUUUUAAAGACACCCUUAUGUAAAACUUGUACGGUACUUUUCUCAGGCAUCAAACACACACAACCUCUUUUUUUCUGUCACAAUACCUCACAGAGCUCCUUCUACCACACCCUGUGUUAUCUUCAUCUUUUAUCAAACUGAGCAGCAAGGGCAUUCUUCCUGUGUUCAUUCCAGUGAACUGGGCUCUCUGGUGGACAGUGAAUAAACUUGUGAAUCACUUCUACACCUGUUAUUUUUCUGAUAAUACAACCAACACUUUCUAUAGGAUUUCCAGGCCUCCUGAAGAAAUAUCCCUCUGCCCCAACCGGUUUUUAAUUAUUUAUUUUAUUUAUUUUUGUGAAUAAAACUAUCCUGCUGGAAUUUUUGUGGGCCUCAAGGAUCAGUCCCAUUUCACUCCACUAGCAACUGUGCUGGGUACAAGCUCCAGUCUUAUGGACAGCGCUCCCUGGUGGACAGACUCAGGCUUCUUUUGUUCAUCUCAGCUCCAGCAAACAGGAAUUAACCCCCCCAACAACUGUCCAGUCUUUCAGCUCUUCAUGUGGAUGGAUGAGAUUCAAGAACAAAACUGUGGAGCUGACGAGUUUUUACUUAAACACCGACGUUCGAGGUUCAAAUAUGGAUUUGAAAGAAUAUGGCUAAUGGUUUUUGUGAUUUUCCUAUUAAGGCUUUGGUCAAAUGAGUGUACUGCAUUUUUAACCAUUUUAACCAAAUAAAUAAAUAAAUGUGUA